AUGUCGGACGUUCAUUUACUCGUUUUCGGAGACCAAACUGAGACAGCGAUUCCUAUGGAUGAGCUUCUACAGUACUCCCAUAAAUCCAAAUAUAUAAGCAAAUAUCUUCAAGAUUCAUUCGUCGCAGUACAAAAUGCUUUGGACAGCUUAAGUGAUGCUGAAAAAGAACGAUUCAAGUUUGAUUCGUUUCAGAGCCUCGCAGAAAAAGUGAGGUCGGAGAAAACGCCGGAUAUAGUGUUACGCACCCUCAUUCUAUGCGUUGCGCAACUUGGAUCUCUUAUAUUUACUCUGGAGAACGACUCUGAUCUUCGAGACUCAUGGGCUUCACAAAAUAUCAUGAUUGUCGCCUCUUGUGCGGGCCAGGUUCCAGCCGCUGCAGCGGCAAGUACUCAUUCGCUUGAUGAUUUGGUUGCAGUGGCGCCCGAGAUUGUUGCUAUCUCACUGCGAGUUGGACUUGAUGUAGAUCGUCGAAGUGCUGCCCUUAGCGAUGACCGGAAUGGAAGCUGGGCGCGCGCGGUGAUUGGUGUUUCCGGGGCCGAUGCUCAGGCAUCCAUUGACGAAUUUCACAAAGCCCAAGGCACGCCUGGAAGCAGGAUACCUUAUGUUGGCGCAACAUCUGCCUGGGCAACUACGAUAUUCGGUCCACCUGCUACACUUGAAUCAUUCUUCUCUUCAAACCCAUUUGGGACACAAAGAGUUAUCGAGUUACCUGUCGCUGCUGUCUUUCAUGCUGCAAGCUUUGACAGGCCCGACACCACAAAGAUAACCGGUUCAGCUAACAUACUUCAACAGUAUUGGUUGAAAGAUGUUUGCUUUCUUUCCAGCGAAGAUGGAGUAGCUUUCAAACCGCAACGACUUGAUACUCUUGUAUCUGAAGCUGAGUUAAACAUGCUGAACAGAAUGACUGACAAUGAAAAAGUUUUCAACGCGGUGAAACUAAGGAUAAAAGAUCAGCAGGUUGCCAUUACGCCUAUCGUCGCAACUAAAGUUUCUGAACGCUUGAAAAAGGCGUUAGGAGAGUCUAACGCUACUGUCCGAACUGAGCUUCUAGUCGGUGGAUUGUAA